CAGACAGCAAGCGAGCAAGCAACAGCUGCGGCUGCUUUGCUUUCUGCUUUACCCUUUCUCAAUCAAUCAAGAUAAAAAUCCAACCUUCCUUCUUCCCCAAUUUGCCCUCCCUUCUUUCCCCAAAAGUUUCCCCAAUCUCUCUCUCUCUCGCUCGCUCGCUUCUCCUGGGUUGGCGAGCUCCAAUCCCACCGGACUCGAGUCAGCCAGCGAGAUACGACUCAGAUCCGUGUCGUCCGCGGGCGCGCGCGCGCAUGGAGAAGGCGAAGCUGCUCUCCUCUCCUUGUGGUUGAGCUAGGCACCGCAGCUCCGCUUCCUGCUGCUGCUGCUUCGUCUCCGUCCAGGAGGAAGAUGCGCAUGCGGGUGCUGCCGGCCUUCAGCUUCAGCACCGCCGCCCCGCCUCCUCCUUCGGUUGCUCCUCCUCCUCCUCCGGCUCCGGCACCGGCGCCGGCGCCGGCGCCUCCUCCUGCUACCUUCGCGGUCUACCUCAACAUCUACGACAUCUCCCCCAUCAACAACUACCUCUACUGGUUCGGCCUCGGCAUCUUCCACUCCGCCGUUGAAGUGCAUGGUAUGGAGUUUGGGUAUGGAGCCCAUGAAUACGCGACCAGCGGAGUGUUCCAAGUAGAACCGAAAAGCUGUCCUGGCUUUAUCUUCAGGCGCUCCGUGUGUAUGGGUACCACCAAUAUGUCGCGCGCUGAAGUCCGCGCUUUCCUAGAGGAUCUUGCAGAGGAUUAUCAUGGGGACACCUAUCACUUGAUUGUCAAGAACUGCAACCAUUUCACAGCUGACGUCUGUAAGCGCUUGACCGGAAAGCCCACUCCAGGAUGGGUGAAUCGACUUGCCAGAUUAGGUUCCGUCUGCAACUGUGUCCUGCCUGAAAACAUCAAGGUUUCAGCGGUCAGAGAUGAAACUGCACACCUUGAAUUUUCCGAUGAUGAUUUGGAGUCGGACACGUCGAUGAUCGACGACAGCGACAUCGGUGAUCUAGAUCACCUCCUAACAACACCAAACAGCGAUGUCGUACCCCCGAAAGACAAGACGUUAACUCCUGGAAGGGACAGCUUGUAAUUGUUUCAGGUUAUUUAUGCACAGCAUUACCUGCUUCCGGGUUGUUUGCUGAGGAUGGGAGAUCUUAGCCGUGGCGCUGAUGUCCUCUUGCCAAUGGCGGUGGCAGAUCCUGAUACUGAUCCGUUUGAAGUUGCUGCUAUAUAUAUGUUGAUGUAGAGAGCGGGGGUAGCGAGUGUGGUUUGUCUAAUCGUGGCGAAGGCCAAGUUAACCAACACGUGUGAGAUGGCUGCGUGCAUAGUUGAUUGUAACUUUUAAUUGUUUUUGAGAGUAGGGUGUUGCAGGUGUAUAGUGCUUGUGUAACUAGCUGUUGGGUUUAUUUUAUGGUGAUUGACAAUUGUUUUGUUGUGUAAGUACAGAAUGGCUUGACUUGAUGUUGUUUUCCUCACCGAAAUUAAUGCGGCAUGUAUCUAAAUUUGCA